GUAGUGCGCAGUCGCAGGUUGGGAUCAGGCAGAAGCAUAGUCGAGAACAAGCCAAGGUCGAUAAUGAGCAGUCACAGGCUGGGAUCAGGCAGAAGCAUAGUCAAGAACAAGCCAAGGUCGGUAAUGAGCAGUUGCAGGUUGGGAUCAGGCAGAAGCGUAGUCGAGAACAAGCCAAGGUCGGUAAUGAGCAGUCACAGGUUGGGAUCAGACAGAAGCGUAGUCGAGGAACAAGCCAAGGUCAGUAAUGAGCAGUCACAUGUUGGGAUCAGGCAGAAGCGUAAUCGAGGAACAAGCCAAGGUCGGUAAUGAGCAGUCACAGGUUGGGAUCAGGCAGAAGCGUAGUUGAGGAACAAGCCAAGGUCGGUAAUGAGCAGUCACAGGUUGGGAUCAGGCAGAAGCGUAGUUGAGGAACAAGCCAAGGUCGGUAAUGAGCAGUCACAGGUUGGGAUCAGGCAGAAGCAUAGUCAAGGAACAAGCCAAGGUCGGUAAUGAGCAGUCACAGGUUGGGAUCAGGCAGA